CGCGGAAGAUGACCACACUCACGCGACAGGACCUCAACUUUGGCCAAGUGGUGGCCGACGUGCUCUGCGAGUUCCUGGAGGUGGCCGUGCACCUUAUCCUCUACGUGCGCGAGGUCUACCCCGUGGGCAUCUUCCAGAAACGCAAGAAGUACAACGUUCCGGUCCAGAUGUCCUGCCACCCGGAGCUGAACCAGUACAUCCAGGACACACUGCACUGUGUCAAGCCACUUCUGGAGAAGAACGACGUGGAGAAGGUGGUGGUGGUGAUCUUGGACAAGGAGCACCGCCCGGUGGAGAAGUUCGUCUUUGAGAUCACUCAGCCUCCGCUGCUGUCCAUCAGCUCUGACUCUCUGCUGUCCCACGUGGAGCAGCUGCUCCGAGCCUUCAUCCUGAAGAUCAGCGUGUGUGAUGCUGUCCUGGACCACAACCCUCCAGGCUGCACCUUCACAGUUCUGGUGCACACGAGAGAAGCUGCCACCCGCAAUAUGGAGAAGAUCCAGGUCAUUAAGGACUUCCCCUGGAUCCUGGCAGAUGAGCAGGACGUCCACAUGCAUGACCCCCGGCUGAUCCCCUUGAAGACCAUGACAUCAGACAUCUUAAAGAUGCAGCUCUACGUGGAAGAACGAGCUCACAAAAGCAGCUGAAGUGCACCUGCCACCCUGAUGAGGGGGUCCCCAGCCCAGGGUGGCGCUGCAGGGCCACCCAGACUCCAAGUGCUCUUACUGCCUCUGUGUCCAGAUGCUACCUCCAGCCCAGGGCUGCUCAGGCUGGUGGCCUUCAUGGACAAGGCCUCCCUGGGAGGGCAGUCGGGACACUGGGACCGUGGUGUCUUGGUCUCUUGGCUUCGGCUGGCCGACACUGUCUGUCCAAAUACUGUGCUGUGCGUCACUUCAAUAAAAGGGCCCCAAGGGCUGACUGGGCUGUCACUAA